UUUCUCAUUCUCUGAUCAGAUAAAUAUGGCCUUGAUCGCAUUCCUUGCUCUCUCUCUUCUCCUUAAUGGAGCUCUUGGCGAGCUUGUAUGCGAGCAGUUGCCCGUUGAUUUCUGCUCAUAUUCAAUUGCAACUUCUGGGAAGCGAUGUUUGCUGGAGAAUUACGCCACGAAAGAUGGAGGUGUUAAGUACCAAUGCAAGACAUCAGAGGUUGUUGUAGAUAAACUGAACGAAUGGAUUGAGAUCGAUGAAUGUAUUACUGCAUGUGGCCUCAAUAGAAACACUGUUGGUAUCUCAUCAGACUCUCUCCUUCAGCCUCAGUUCUUGACUAAACUUUGCUCAAAGUCGUGCUCUCAAGCUUGCCCCAACAUCGUCGAUCUCUACUCCAAUUUGGCCCUAGCAGAAGGAGUUUACUUGCCAAACCUGUGCGCCAGUCCCCGCCGUGCCAUGUACCAGACUAGAAGCAAUGGUGAUGCAGCCCCUGCACCAGCCUCUGUUGGAGCCCUUCCACCCGAAUCUGCCAUAUCUAGUGCUGCUGAUGUCGCUUGCGCUCCAACUUCCAUUUGA